AGUCAUUUGUAUGGCUUCGGAGCACAUUCUUACCUUUCGGCGGCAGCUUCUGUCCUCAUGAUACAGGUUGGUGUGUUCGUGUCUGUGUGUGUUUUCCUAUGGACACUAAUUAAACAGCGGGAGAAUGUGAGUUGGGUUCAUUGCUCACAGGGAAGAAGGUUCUAGGAUUAAAAUUUGGUCUUGGCUCGCACAAAACACAGUGCACAAAUGUUCAUAGUAUCAUUAUUUGUAAUGGUCGAGAAAGAGAAGCAACCAGAUGUCCAUCAGCUAGUGAAUGGAUGAACCAAACCUGGCAUGUUGUUGCAGUGGAAUGUUUGCAGUAAAAAGGAAUGAAGUGCAGACGCACCUCAGAGCCUGCGCAGCUUCUGUUCCAGACUGCCACAGCAAAGGGAAUGUUGCAAUAAAGUCAGUCUUAUGAAAUUCGGAUGCUGGAUAAUCGGAAAAUGGGAGAUAUGCCCGCGAUUACUGGAAAGUUGGUAAAGAGCAUCAUUCGGGUCGUGUUCCAUGACAGACGCCUGCAGUACACGGAGCACCAGCAGCUCGAAGGCUGGAAGUGGAACCGCCCAGGAGACAGACUCCUCGAUUUAGAUAUUCCAAUGUCUGUGGGAAUAAUUGACACCAGGACAAAUCCAAGCCAGCUAAAUGCGGUUGAAUUUCUGUGGGACCCUGCAAAGCGCACAUCUGCUUUCAUUCAGGUACACUGCAUCAGCACCGAGUUUACUCCCCGGAAGCACGGAGGCGAGAAGGGGGUGCCUUUCAGGAUCCAGGUGGACACCUUUAAGCAGAACGAGAACGGGGAGUACACGGACCACCUGCACUCGGCCAGCUGCCAGAUCAAAGUGUUUAAGCCGAAAGGUGCGGACAGGAAACAAAAAACUGACCGGGAGAAGAUGGAGAAGAGAACCGCUCACGAGAAAGAGAAGUACCAGCCGUCCUACGACACCACCGUCCUCACAGAGAUGAGGCUUGAGCCUAUAAUUGAAGAUGCAGUUGAACAUGAGCAGAAAAAGUCCAGCAAGCGGACUUUGCCAGCAGACUACGGUGAUUCUCUGGCAAAGCGAGGCAGUUGCUCUCCGUGGCCCGAUACCCCCACAGCCUACGUGAACAGCAGCCCUUCCGCAGCGCCCGCCUUCACCCCCCCCCAGCAGGGCACAUGCAGCGUCCCAGACAGCAAUUCUUCUUCCCCAAACCAUCAGGGAGACGGAGUUCCACAGCUCUCUAGUGAACAACUUCAGCCUUCAGCCACGAUCCAGGAAACACAACAAUGGCUGCUCAAAAACAGAUUCUCUUCUUACACAAGACUGUUUUCCAAUUUUUCAGGUGCCGACUUAUUAAAACUGACAAAGGAGGAUUUAGUACAAAUUUGUGGUGCAGCCGAUGGCAUUCGGCUCUAUAACUCACUGAAGUCCAGGGCGGUGCGGCCCCGCCUCACCAUCUACGUGUGCCAGGAGCAGCCGAGCGGCCCCGCACUGCAGGGUCCCCAGCUGGCGGGCGGCGGAGGGGACGGCGGUGGCAGGACGCCCUACGUUUAUCAUGCAAUCUACUUGGAAGAAAUGGUUGCUUCAGAAGUUGCUCGAAAACUUGCAUUGGUGUUUAAUAUUCCUUUCCACCAAAUUAGCCAAGUCUACAGACAGGGUCCCACCGGUAUCCACAUUCUCGUUAGCGACCAGAUGGUUCAGAACUUUCAAGAUGAGAGUUGUUUUUUAUUCUUCACAGUAAAAGCGGAGAACGGGGACGGUAUCCACAUAGUUUUGAAGUGAUGUCUUACUUUGUCUGAACUAUAUCAGUACCAAAUAAAGUCACGCUUAAAAGUGUGUGAAGACUGAAUCCAAGAAGUCUUGGGAUUGGAUUUUACCGUAUGAAAUGUUUCAUAUUGAAAACACAAGAUGACCUUUCUAAUGAGCUGUAUGAGAGGCGAAUGUCCUCACUGUCACUGCCAUAGCCAAGCACCCUCGUGAGAGCACGGCGGGACAGUGGCGUGCGGCUCCGGGGGCCCCGCGCGGGCAGGGCCGCCUGCUUGUCUGGCAGAGGCCAGUAGGUACAGUCCCUGGAAGCAGCCUUGGCUGUCCUUUUACACUGUAUGCGGUUUGGAAAUGAAUGUAAAACGUACCAUGGGCAUUUUCCUUUCUGUGCCAGUUUGGCUUUCCUUGCCUGAACCUUCCGCUGCCCCAGGGCGGGGGUGGGGGACAGUGCUGUCGUGGAGCCACCUCGGGUUCUGUGCACAGGUGCCACACGCCGAUACCGUGAUUGGCGGUCAGGGAAGAGUCGUGGCACCUUCUCGGAGGAAAUCAUGCUAAGGGUGUGUGCGACGGGAUCGUGCCGGAUCGGGGAAGCCCCGCGCCGGGCAGGCGGGCAUGAAGCAAACUGCAUUAUCGCGUACCUUGGUGAGAGGAUCCGUGUAAAUCCUAAUAGGUACAGAGACUUCGUGUUUCGCUUUGUCACAGGUUUCCUGAAAAACCUUUUGCCUCUGCUUCCAUUUUUAGCAUUUUGUUUCUGGUUUCAUUUUUGGUUGCCUUUUAAACUCAUGUGGCGUUCCUCCCUCCCUCUUCCCGGCCACCCGGCCCUCCUCACUCUGAACCGUCCUAGGCAGCCCUGCCCCAGACUGCAGAGAUAGGUGCCCUAGGUAGGGGAAACUGUGGUUGUUUUCUGACCUUCCAUCAAGGGGUCUUUGUGACUGAUGAGUUGAAAUUAUUCAUGGCAAACUAGGUGUCAUAAAUGAAACGCUAAAUUGUAACGUCAAACCCCACCCCCCCCCCCCCC